GGAUGAUGAGAUCUCGAGCAGUAUCAUUGUUUCUCCUCCCUUCGCAAUCUUCCUAUACGACCACAUCCGCUGCGGCAGUCUUCAGAACCUCGAAGUAAGAUUCCCCGGGUCCGCAAAUGCGACCAUCGUCAAGGGCUCGUGGGAGCAAGGACCGCAAUGUACGUGGAGAUCUCGAAAGCGGCCAACAACCGGCGUUACCACCUACAGGAGCUCCGUUUCAUCCUCGUCGCCAGCUCAUAGCGGAGAUGUUCGGGCUGGAGAACGAAGACGAGUGUGAAGGCUAUACAGGGGUGCGCGAGUUCUGCGACCAUCUAGAGACAAACUAUUUCCCCCGGUUCGCUAGUUUCGACAAGGAGAUAUGGAAACUAUUGCGCUACGGCUAUCCGACGGAUGCUAAAGCCAAAUGGUGGUGGUGUCUGAAGGUUGUUGAAGCGUGCCGAUGUCUUCAGAACGGUACAGAGGGCAGUAAUCCAACUGCCAGGGCCUUGGCCGCUAAAUUUCUGUCCAAGAACUGUAGGAAUGACAACAUGGAGUUACACAAUGUCAAGGCUCCCAUUCAAAUCGCACUCGCAAAAGCUUUGAUACAUACUCUUUGCUGGCUUUCUGCAGUAAUAUCGCCUGUUAUGGAGGACGACGAAGAGGAAGAUUCACUACACGUUUCAUCCGAUGACCCAAAACUUAUUCUUUUCGGGAUCUCCGCUGAAUACAAUGGGAAGAAGACAAUAAUCACUAUCGAUCUACGCCACACUUUAUCCGAGAUAUUCCACAAGAUACAUCAAGCUGCUGUUCCCACGCCGAAGAAAGAACUGGGAAUCGACGCAGAUCGGUCAAUGCACGAAACGGGCGACGUCCUUUACGAAUCAGCCAUGAACUAUGCAUCUCUCAAGAAGUAUGGCGGAAUUCGCCUGAGAUGGGUAGAUACCCUCAGUGAACACCUGUCUCUAGACAGAGGCAAGCGUGAGCUUUCCUUGUUCCGGUUCCCUUCGCUAUGCGCAUUGCGAGUAUUGAAGGCGGACAGGCUUCUCGCAGUUGCAAACAUUACCAACCGGCUUCUCGCUGGCAGAGAUUACGCGCUACCCUAUGAGGUCGACGACGACGAAAGGGUGUGCGAACAGGUUAUACUCUCGUACAGGCUCCUGUUUGGACAGAAUUCGAAAUCCCGGGAUCUAUUGAGGAGUCAGUUGAUGGAUGGGCAACGAUCUCGAGGAGGUGUUGACUCGUUCAUCCUGCAGUGCAUUGGCGCGGUGCCCGGCCCCUGGCGCGUUCGCCUUGGUCGGGCAAAGCCAGAUAAGCCUUUCAGCAGUGCAAUCUUGCCAGAGCCUCAUCGAAGAGACGACGGCUACAUCAAGGAAUGGAAAACGUAUUUUGCAAUGGUAAAUUUUUCCAGCUUUAGAUGGCGAUUGCUAGCGCUCCAGACCUUUGGAAACGACCAUCCACCAACUGAUUUCCUGGACUAUGUCAUGGAUCCCCGGGCCCCAAUGCAGCGCGCUGCUGCCCGAGUCGGCGUUCUUGCGGUGGUGCUCGCGAUUUUGUUUGGUACAGGACAGAUAUCUCUUUCUGGGCGGCAGCUUGUGGAGGCGCGAUCGUGAAGCUACAGGAUUCUACCAGGUCUAAGUUAAGAAGGAUGGUUUCGUUAUCUUAGUUAGUGCCUUGAUCCUAAGUCAGCAUUUCUUCUUAGUAUGAUUUU